AUGUCAAGACACAGUCAACGCCCAACCACAUGGGGAGGAGCACAACCUGGAUCUUCCUUUUCCACUCCUACUUCUCCUGGUGUUGAGGGUGGUGGUUUCGGAUUCGAACCAAGCGUUCCCUCAAUAUACCGUCGAACGUGGUCCAUUUUUGCCCAGUCCUCCUCUGACUCCGUCACAUCCCCAACCGACGACAUCCCCCUAAGCCUACUCCACAAGUUCUUCUCAUCCUCUGGCGGGCUAGGUCCAGGCCAAGCAGAACGAAUCGUCAACGCAGCGUGCAAGUCCAAUCGCUGUUCACGCAUCGAAUUUUACACCGCUCUGGGCUUGUUAGUUCAGCUGCAACAGGGUGAGGGGUUGAAUUUGGGAGUUGUACAGCAAAGGUUAGCGAGUGGAACACUGAGCGAGCCGAGACUUGAUAUGGAUGCGAUGGGGACUUGCGGUGGUGGGCAUACCUUUCCACCGACAGCAGCAGCAGCAGGAGUGAGGCCGGCAGGAACGGUGAGAGAGAUGAACGAUCCUUGGAAUGCCUCCACCUCUAAUGCGUUCGGGGCGUAUGAGGGUGUGGGCGGGAAUAGUUACGAUUCUGCUUUUAGAGGUGGCUUUGGUAGCAGCAACUCCGGUCCUUCCUCCUCACGAACGAAGAAUAAUCUCUUCGCGCAUAACGGAGGCGCAUCCACAUCCACCAGCGACACUCUCCACCCUCCACCCCGUCAACCCCGCACGACAGCCCCAGCUCCCCGUCCGUUCAGCUACAUGUCCGAAACAGCCGAAACCAACGCUCUUGACGCAUCCCUUGACCCAUCCGCCGAUCUUCCCGAGGACAUAAUCACCGUUCGUCUCCGCUCCGGGCUGGAGGGAUUUAUUAUCAAGCAUAACGUAUACAUUGUCACCUCUUCACUCCGGGAGACUAGUGUCACUAGAAGGUACUCCGAUUGGAUAUGGCUAAGCGAAUGCUUGGCGAAGAGGUAUCCGUUUCGGUGUCUGCCGGUGUUGCCGCCGAAGAGAAUUGCGGUUCCGAUUGCAGGCAGGCAUCUAAGUGCCGAGAAUCUAUUUAUAGAGAGGAGGAGGAGAGGGUUGGAAAGAUAUUUGAGGUUGUUGGUCUGUCAUUCGGUGUUGAGGGAGGAUAAGUUGGUGCAGGUUUUCUUGGAGGAAGUGAAGCCUGUUUCGGAUUGGAAGCGGGAAGUUCCUGCGCUGUUCUUGGAUGAGGAGGGGUUGGUGAAGGUGGUGAAUGAAGCGGAACGAAUGACGAUUCCGGAAGAUCUAGAGCUGAAGCUUACCCAGCAACGUCAAGCAAUCCCAGAACUGCUCGAGAGGUGGACGAAUAUGGUAGCUCUAUUCGAACGCAUCGUGAAGCGGAAUGAUGCAGCAGCCGCAGAUUAUUCCAGACUCAACUUCUCAUUGCUCAGCGUAGUAGAGAGUAGUAGCAAGAGAUGGAGACCGGAAAGUGAUAGAAGUGGCAAAACGGAAGAGGUUAUCAAUGUUACUGCUGGUGCGGUGCAGGAGUUCAGCGAGUUGCUUUCCUCCCGUGUGUCCUCUGUCUCCCUCUCUACUCUCGAGGGAUUCAAAGCGCAGAGGGAUCUCAUACUUUCAUUUCGCGACUUGAUCUCACGUAUCGACAGGCAGUUGGUGGAUCCAAUCGACCAACUCAAAAAGCGCAUCGAAGCAAACCAACGCAAAAUCUCAGCCCUAACCACCGCCACCCCUUCCAACCGCUCAGCAAGUCAAGACCAACAAGCAACCCUAACAGCACAAGUCAAACAAGAUACAGCCUCCAUAGCAAAAUACUUGAACAGAAGGGUCCAUGCGAAGAAAACCGUCUGGGAAGAGCUCAUUUGGUUUCAUCACCGGUUCAAAGCUGUUGAAGGGGAAAUGGGCAAGUUUGUUCGAGAUGAGAGUUUUUGGUUCGGGGAAGUGGGGAGAGCGUGGGAGGCUAGUGAGAUGCGGUUGAAGAUGAUUCGUUAA